CUUUGCCCGCCAUCCCACUCAAUCCUAGACUGUCUUUCCAUGCAACAUCAUCUUUGUGAAUGCGAGUCAUCCCACAAUGUCCGCUGCGGUGGACUUGGAUUCGGAAUCCAGCCCCUGGAAGUUACCUGCCGUUCGAGCUGGGGGAAUGCGAAGACCUUGAGAACUACGAGCCCGGAGGCUUCCACCCUGUACACCUCGGCGACGUGUACGAUAACCAAUACCGAGUCGUCCACAAGCUCUGGUUCGGCGGCUUCUCUACCGUCUGGCUCGCUCGAGACACCCCCAGGAACCAGUGGGUUGCCUUGAAGAUCGUCGUCGCCAGAGAGUCGCCUACGUACGAGGCCCGCUCUGCAAUUGCGAGCGAACCCAGAAUCGCCAGGUCCCGUCUGUUUGCCGUGGCUGACCGGCAGUUCUGGAUCGACGGACCAAACGGCCGUCACCUUUGUCUCGUGCUCCCGGUUUUGGGUCCGGACUUGUCCAAGCUUUCCAAGGGCAUCUACUCGAGAUUAACCCCGGCGUUUGCCAGGGCUGUGUCCCUCCAGGGCGCCCGAGUUCUUGCGCACCUCAAUUCCAACGGGCUAUGCCACGGAGACUUUACUGCGAGCAACAUGGCGUUGCGUCUCAUCGACAGGUUUGACUCGUACGAAGAGGGUGAUCUGCUCAAACUCUUCGGUCAUCCUCAAACUGCACCUCUCCGAACCUACUCCGGGAAGCCCCCGGGACCACACGCGCCCAACUACAUCGUAGCCCCAUUGGACUUUUGCUCCUCAACGACCAACCUGCUGAGCAGUGAGAUCUGUAUCGUCGACUUUGAUCAAUCCUUCACCGCAACAGGCCCGCCACCAGAGCGGCCGGGCAUCCCGGCUAGGUACCUAGCGCCCGAAGUCGCCGUCGGACAGCCAGCGAGCUCGGCCUCGGACAUCUGGGCCUUGGGCUGCGCUAUCUUUCGGAUCCGGUCGGGUGACGACCUCUUGUUCGACUACGAUACUGACUCCCCCGCCGACGCGCUCAGGCAUAUCGUCAAAACCGUGGGCGAGCUGCCUGGGGAGUGGAGGCAGACGAGGUUCGAUGAGGAGGGGUUCACUGUUAUGGAGGGGGAGGGGGCUGAGCCGUUCUGGAGCCUGAAGGAGACGCGGUCGCUGGAGGACCGGAUACGGGGCAUUGUAGAUGAGCCGCCCGGCCUGUUCAUAAAUGGUCGAGGCGAGGCCCUUGAGGCAGUGGACAUGGAGCCGGAGGCUGCAAUGUUCGACGACGAUGCCGCGCUGAGGGUACCCUACGUGGCUGCACUGAGCUCGAUGGUGUGGAGGCCGACGGCGGUUUGUGUUGAUGGGGCUUACUUCACGGCGUACUCGGACAAUACCGACGGCGUGCUUGAGGCGUUUCCGCGGAUAUCGGGAUCUUAGGCGUCGUUGUUGGUCGACUUCUUAUCCAAGGUCUUCGCGUAUGAUACGGCGACUCGCCUUAAAGCGGAAGAGUUGGUUGCACACCCUUGGUUUCAUCUAGCUAUGGGGCUCUGAAUAGGGGCUACGCACACACAAACACGAAACAGCACGCUGAUGACAAGGCCUGCCCACAUGCUGAUUUCAA